AGUUGCUGUGUGCAAGGACCAUGUAUGAGAGCCCCUUCACCAGCUCCCACACGCUCUCCCCCCUCUUCCAUUGGACAUUUGUCAGGCGCUCAAAAUUUCUGGAACGGCAACUGUAUCUGCAAUUUGAAGGAAGAUCUUUGCCACAGAUUAUCUGUUAUUCACAAAAGAUUGAAGAUUCCACUCUGCCAAACUCUUAGAAACAUUACUUCACCCUCUGAAGAUGAACUUGCAGAAAAUUAUUUCACUGUUCUUCCGAGGAAACUGAACUUUUCUAAUAAAUGGUAUCACUGUAGUAGUUCAGUCACCGUUAUACAAGAAUUGAAGUCUCGUGGCAACAGCUGUAAAGGAUGGAUGUUCAUUUGAGGUGGAAUAAUCAUCAAGCUACUUUGAUGUCUGUGUUUGAUGCUCUGUUGGAAAAUGAGAAAUUAACAGAUUGCACAAUUAGUGCUGAGGGGCAUCAUUUAAGAGCACAUAAGAUAAUUCUUUCAGCCUGUAGUCCAUAUUUUGAGGAACUGUUCUCUGAAAACUAUGAGAAGCAUCCAAUUAUUAUUCUGCACGAUGUAAAAUACGCCGCCAUAAAGGCUCUGUUGGAUUUUAUGUACCGUGGCAAAGUAAAUGUACCACAGGAGGAGCUCAGUGGUGUUCUGAAGCUCUCAGAGUCUCUUCAGGUAAGAGGACUCUCUGGCAGUGGGUGUGUCGAUGACAUCAACAUGCAAAAAGGUAGUGAAAGAAAUGAACUUCCAGAAAAUAAUCCAUCGCAACCUGUUUCUGUAUCGUGCUCUUCCUUGAGUCAAAAUGAACGAGAAAGAAAUGUGCAGUCAUUUAGAAGGUGCUGUCCAUCUGGGUCGUCCCAGGAUGGAGGUUCUGAAUCCAUUCAAAAGCAUAGAAAAAUUAUUAAACACUCCAGUUUUGAUCAGGGAAUGGGCCAAAAUGCAUUCAAAGAAGUUAUUACUCCUGAUUUUGAUAGCGUACAUCAACUUCCCCCUCAAAGGGAAGUAAUGGCCACAGCAAAUAACUCAUCUGGUGGAUCAGUUUACAGUCCAGUUCAAGUGCAAAAGACCUCGUCUUCAUCUGCCCACAUCACGGUAUCAUCAUCAUCAUCAUCAUCAUCAUACAUUCAAAUUCCUUAUCAGUCUGACUGCAGUGAGUUGCAGAGCUCCAGAGGGGAAAUGGCUGUUGCAGUAAAUGAACAGUUUUUAAUACCGGAAGCAGUAUUACCGGAAAAAAAGUCAGCAAAUCUGAGUGCAUACCAACAGGAGGUAUCACUAGAAAUAAAAUCUGAGGUGCUUGAGAGUCACAUGGAAAUUGUAGAAGACCUUACUCUUGAUGAUGAUGAUGAUGAUGAUGAUAAUUAUCGCAGUGCCAAUGAUUAUCAUGAUGAUUGUAACAGUGCUGAAGUUGACAUUGGAGAAGUCAGGAGAUCGAAUGAAGAUCUUACAUAUGAAGAAAAUUUUUGCACUCAAGAAAUGAAAAAUCUGCAUUCACCAUCUGGCAGUGAUUAUCUGAAUAAUGUGACUUUGACAACAUCCCAGACAGCAUCACGUAAACGGUUUAGUUGUCAUACUUGUAGCAAGUCUUAUCGGUAUCCGCAAGGGCUACAUAGACACUUGAAGUUUGAAUGUGGUAAAGAACCACAGGUUCAGUGUCCUCGCUGCAGUUAUCGGUGUUUUAGGAGUGAUACUUUAAAAAAACAUAUGACUACUCGCCGUUGUCUGAGGCAAGAAAAUUAUGCAAUUUUUGUAGGAGAUGAGUGAUAAUAUGAACCUGACAUAAAGAAAUGGGUGAAUGCUGUAGUGUGUGUUCCUGAUCAUUAGUGAAGACUUUUUGUGACAGUUUUAUUUCAUUUGUGGCAGUUUAUAUAUGUAAGUUACUUGAAGCAAUGAUUCCUUGUGUUGUGUGAGUACAAUUCAUUCUUAUGUAAAUUUUGUCAGUUAUGAGUAUAUUUUAAAAUUGUGUGAAAAAUUGUCAUUUUCAAUGCAUGUGAAGUAAUAUUCCUUGAGAGCUGUAUUACUUGCUACUUAAUAAUUAUGCCAAUAAUGGCAUUGUGCUAUCAUCAGGUGUAUAUUUUGUUGUAUACAGAAUAUUGUCUUUAUGGUGAAGACCCUAAUUAUGUGAGUGCAAGUCAAGUAGUGCUGGAAUUAAUUGGAUGG